AAAAUAGUGGCACUUCCUCCUGUCAGCUUCUUGUUUCUCUCCAAAUUCAGAAGAAGUUCCUGCCCCUUCUUACAAAAACUCUUUCUUAAAGCGACACUUGCUUUGGAAAGCCCCUUUACGUCACCAGAGCUGUACAAAAGCAGCCUCCCAGCUAUUCGACUCAUCAGAAAAACAAGAAACGCUUCAAGCUCACACCUACAGAGGCGUGGAGCUACCGGCACAGACUCUGACUGCUCCACUGAAAACAGCCUGCUACUCAUAAGGACGCUGAGAUGGACCAGCUGAUGUUUGCUCAGGAGAACUGGGAACGGGUCCAGGCCGUCGCCAACACGUUCGGGCGAUCGGGGAAGCUCUUGCUUCAGUCGGACCGGGUUCUGGUCGGAGAGGGCACGCUGGUAAAGCAGGGCCGCAAGAAGCAGCAGCCCAAAGCCUUCUUCCUCUUCAACGACGUGCUGGCGUACGGCGGCGUCGUCCUGAACGGCCGCUGGCACAAGAAGCUGCAGAUCAUCCCUCUAGAGGAUGUCCUGCUGGAGGACCUGGAGGACGGUGUCAGGAUGAAGAACCAGUGGCUGAUCCGCACGCCCAGGAAGUCUUUCUACGUUUCUGCCGCCUCCUACGAGGAGAAGCGAGCCUGGAUCGAGCACAUAGAGGAGUGCAAAGACAGAGUGCUGCAGAGCGGUGGCCGCAGGUCCACUGUAGCCUUUGCCAGUACCUGGAUCCCAGACCAGGCCUCCGCCAUCUGCAUGCGCUGUGCCAGCAAGUUCACCAAGACCCACCGUCGACACCACUGCAGAAAAUGUGGCUUCCUGGUCUGCGGCCCGUGCUCCAGGAAGAGAGCGCUGAUCACACACAUUGACUCAGCGAAGCAGCUGAGAGUCUGCAGAACAUGUUACUUGAGUCUGGGGGCCGCCGACGAGGUCCAGGACUCGACUCGUCAGAGGUGGGACAGCGCCGGGAAGUCAGAUGAAGACGAGCUGGAAGAGUGCAGUGAGGAGGAGGAGGAGGAGCCAGAGUUCCGUGUGGAGGAGGAAGACCCCAGCAGGUGGAUGGACUCCUGCUCCCUUUAUAUCUACAUCAGGCCAGAGCACAUUAGGCCCCAAACAUAAAGCCACCAAGGGGGCUCGGUCACAAGCACACAAGACUCUGACUCUUUGUUUCACAUGUGGACUCAGUGCUGUGCAGCUGUGUGUGGCAGCUCACAUCAUCACACUUUGUACAGACUACAUUUAUUGAUGAUCUUAUUUAUGUUUUAUGAAGAAACUGUAGCUGCUGCUCUUUUCUCUUUGUACACAAACACUACUGUGAAGCUGUUUCCUCUCAUUCUCCUCUCUCCACCAACACUCCAGUCACGUCACAGUCUGAUCGACUGUGUCUGCAUUUCUCUCAGGUUCCCGUCCUGUGUGUGUGUGUGUGUGUGUGUGUGUGUGUGUGUGUGUGAACAUUUGAACUGAUCGUCCGCCUCAUGUUUGUCUCU